CAGUUGGUGGUAUUCAUGCAAAAUAUAACACACUUGCGUCCUUAAGUUGGACAUAAGUUGGACAUUCCGACAGCCUUUUAAUACCAGGAUAUUAAGCAAUCACUUAAAAGUUUGAUUAAAAAGGUCGAUGUUAAAAAAAUGAUUCUUGUUAUCUUUCUAACCGUUUUCAGUUUUACAUCAGCUAUUAUCUUGAAAGAUAACGGCUACGAGGAUGUAAAUAUUGUUAUACAAGAUUCCGUGGAGCAGAACUGGACAUUAAUUGAACGAAUAAAGAAUGUUUUCACAAACGCUUCACAACAUCUGUUUGAAGCAACAGAGAAUCGGGUAUAUUAUAGAAAAAUAAACAUCAUUGUGCCGAAAACAUGGACCGUCACAUCAGAAACCAGUUUCAAAGUGCCAUCGUUGACUUUAACAGGCUAUGUCACGGUAGAGGACGGCAAUUUACAAUCACCAUAUGUUAAGCAACAGGAAUGUGGCAAAGAGGGACAGUAUAUGUAUUUGACGCCGUCGUUCCUGCUGACAACUGGACCUACGAAAUGGGGAAAUCACGAAUCUGUAAUUGUCCAUGAAUGGGGCCACCUAAGAUGGGGAUUGUAUGAUGAAUACGGGCUACAAAGCAAGUUUUACCAGCAUGCUGGAACAUGGGAACCAGUUCGAUGCACUGAAAAGGUCAAAGGAUUGAUUGGUGUUGGUGAGAGAUGUGAUGGUUGGUCGAGCAAACAAUUAUGUGACAUCCACAACACUCGACAAAAUAUGAAUGAAGAUUGCAGGUUUUGUCCGAGCACCUCACAGAGCGCCAACACAUCUAUCAUGAGUUAUCAGUUCGUUCCUUCGUUAACCCUGUUUUGCGACAAAGACGACCCGGCAACUCCAGAAUGGAAACGGCAUAACCGACUGGCUCCGAAUAUGCAGAAUGAGAUGUGUGGAGGGAAAAGUGCCUGGGAGGUUAUGCGUGAACACGAAGAUUUUGCAAAUGGGUCGAGUCCAGUUCUACAUGUUAACACUAAUACAACACCGGAGUUUUACAUUAUCCAAGAAUCAGGAGCAAGAAGAGUGUUUGUCCUCGACAUAUCUGGUAGCAUGAGUGGGGUAGGUAUACUUAGUAUGGAUCUUUUCCGAAAGUCGAGGAUCGAAAGCCUACAUGACACAGGUGUGUACAUAGUGCAAGAGGUAUUGAGGAAUGGAAGUUGGCUAGGAAUUGUUUGGUUUAACAGCACAGCAAUGCAGGCAAACGAAAUAGUUAUAAUCACGGAUGAUUCCGUACGAAUGGAACUGAUUCAUAACUUACCGUCCAAAGAGGGUGGCGGUACAUGCAUCGGAUGCGGUAUUAAUUUAGCAAUUGAGAUGCUUGAAGCCAAAUUUAAGUCGGCGAAAGGCUGUGAAAUUAUAUUGAUGUCCGAUGGGGAAGACGGAUAUGAAAACGAAUUUUUAAACGCAUCACAAAGGGCGCGUUCAGUCGGCGUAGUAAUACAUGCAGUGUCCAUAUCUCAAGCGGCAGAUCCAAGGAUGAUAAGUCUGGCAUCGGAUACUGGUGGAAAACACUUCAAUUACUUGGAGGAUCAAAGCGGUAUCAGUUUUGCUGCCGUCUUUUCAGAAGCCGUCUCAGGUGGCAUAACGGAGACGGGAAACCAAGCUGUGACGAUUUUGUCAGAUAGUGCUCGAAUUUCAUCGGACAGACUUCAUUUCGCCUUCAAAAUAGAAACUGGCUUGGGAAAAAGAACAUCGGUCUCCGUUUUAACGCCACUGAAUACAACAUUAAACAUGACCAUAAUCGGAACAGAUUCGUUUUACGAAUAUUCGGCCGUCGGCAAAUAUUUAACUUGGACAAUAAAACAUUUAGGGGCUGGUGAAUACAACGUCACCGUGAUAUCAUCGUAUAACCAUACUUGGGAUUAUAUUGUUAAAUCCUUUCCCUCUGAGCGGCAUCCUAUACUUGUGACAUCAAGAUUGUCGACAACAAAGUUUGACUUCUCUCUUGAAUCAGUUGAUCUACCAGUAUUGUAUGUAGAUGUAACGAAAGGAAAAGCGCCAGUCGUAGGCGCCAUUAUAGAGGCACGUGUUGAAGAGAGUUCCAUUUUAUGCACUUUAUCGCCAAAGAAUAAUGGCCAAGAUCCUGAUUCACUGGAAGGAGAUGGCACCUAUUCCGUGUACUUGUUACCGAAAUGUUUAACAAAUGGGCGACUUAAUAUUCGAGUCACUGUCAAUGGACAGGCGAACGACACCAGCGUCAUUAAAUCAAUUAACGGCGCAUCGGCUAUAGACGCAGGUGAAGAGGAAUCGGAGAUCAUAUCAGAUAGUUUCCAGCGGUUUUCGCUUCCAGAACCGAUCUACGUCGAAAGGUUUUCAACAAAUACAUCGGAUAUAGUUGCCCCAGGGCGAAUAACAGAUGUCAAAAUUUUGGGCAUUGAAACACUAAUGACUUUAAAUGGUGAAAGCAGAAAUUUCACAAUUGCAUGGACAGCAACUGGGAACGAUAUGAACAUUGGACAGGCAUCCUCUUAUGAGAUUCGAUAUGCCGAUGACAUUGACUCAAUAUUUCACAACUUUUCCUCGGCUUAUUUCCUUGACAUCGGCAAUGUAAGCCUAACGCCGAAACAGUCAGGCAUGCUGGAAGCUAUCGUUAUCUCCGUUAACGCAGAGAAAACAUACACAGACACGGCUUAUCUCGGAAUAGUAGCAGUUGAUGAGGCCGGGAAUCAGGGUAAAGUUUCCAACAUAGUGUCUGUCGUUGUGGCCAAAGGAUUCCGUAUGAGCUUCGAGGGGGAAACAAAUAACACGGAAUUUGAAGAUGAAAUCAUUACUUCUCCAGCUACGACUGUGACAACGGAAACUGUGACAGCUACGACUGUGGCGACGGAAACUGUGACAGCUACGACUGUGGCAACGGACACUGUGACAGCUACGACUGUGACAACCGACGCUGUGGCACAAGAUGUAUCCUCAGAACAGCCUUACGUUGAUGAUAGUCAUACAGGGCUUAUUGUAGGCGUUAGCGUCGGGGUUCUUGCUGUAAUGGUUGUUGUUGUUGGUCUCAUACUGUUCAUCGUACUGAGAAAACGAUCCAAACAAUUUACUUACAACGCUAGUCUUAUGGGCCAUUCUACACAACAUGAACGUGCCUUCGUCAACUUCGUGGCAGAGAAUACGUAAAGACUCUCUAUGGUUCAACUGACGCACUGUGCUAUAGAGGACAGUUGAAUUGUAUUUUUAAGCAAAUAAAGUGGCAAUUUAAUAAAAAACAAAAAAGAUACUGAAAACAAAUUAUUGAUAAAACACAUUCUGUGAUAUCGAAUGCAGAGCUACUAAGUAAAGACAUUUUAUACAACUUCUUAACAUCUUACAGGACGAAAUUAUGAAACCAAGCGAAUUCAUGAAUAUUUGAUUUAUUAUUUUAAGAACCAACAUGUUUAUUGUUUUUACAAUUUAUUGACAAUAUUUAUUCUCACUAUUCACUAAAUACAAAUCUAACCGUUCAUGUUCAGGGGCCAUAUUCAUAAAUCAUUUUCGUGAAUAUUUUCAACUUAGUGAAAAUUUCGUUAUUUUUGACAACGAUUAUUUUAUUCAUAAUGAUUCACGUUUCAUAUCAUACAACUGACAUUUGGUGACGAAUCUCAUAUCAUAAAACUGCUCUUCACACAUCAAUAGCGUUCUGACCAUCGUUAAAAUUAACACCUCGGUGUAAUUUAUUAUACCCCCCCCCCCUUCGAAGAAGAAGUGUAUAUUGCUUUGCACAUGUCGGUCGGUCGGUCGGUCGGUCCUUCGGUAGACCAAAUUUUGUCCGAGUGAAAACUCAACAAUCCCUGGACCUAUUGUCUCAUAGGUUGGGCCUGACUAGUAGAUGACCCCUAUUGAUUUUAGGGGUCAUCGGGUCAAAGGUCAAGGUCACAGUGACCUUGAAUGCAAACGCGACAAUUUCUUUACAAAUGGUCAUCUAACUUGACAUGAAGGUUGGGCCUGACCAGUAGAUGACCCCUAUCGAUUUUGAGGGUCAAGGUCACAGUGACCUUUAAUGUGAAAACGUAAACAACGCCUCUACCACUGACAACUCAAUAAUGCCUGGACCUAUGUUCAUCAAACUUGAAAUGGAAGCUUGGCCUGACCAGUAGAUGACCACUUUUGAAUUUAGGGGUCACUGGGUCAAAGGUCACAGUGACCUUGAAUGAUAAAAGGUUGUCCGAGUUAUAACUCGACAAUGCCUGCACCGAUGGCCCUUAAACUUGACUUGAAGGUUGGGCCUGACCAGUAGACGACCCUUUUUGAUUAGGGUGGGUGGGUCGUUAGGCCAAAGGUCAAGGUCAGAGUGACCUAGAAUAAUAAAAGUUUGCCCGAGAGUUAACUCAACAAUACCAGAACGGCCCUCAAACUUGACUUGGCGGUCAGGCCUGACUAGUAGAUGACCCCUAUUGAUUUAAGGGGUCAUCGGGUCAAAGGUCAAGGUCACAGUGACAUUGAACGUAAAGAGCUUGUUUUUGUGAUGAUACCCACGACCCUCAAACUUGACAUUUAGGUUGAGGGUGACCAGUUGAUGAGCCCUAGAUGUUUAGGUCAUAGAGUCAAAGGUCAUGGUCAUAGCUCAUAUUCAUCAUUAAAAGUUCGUUAUAUUUUCAUAUUCCCUGCUGCUUAGAGGAUACGCAUUUUAUCUUCAAAUAUAAGUCAUCAACUGAACAUGAUUAAAAACUUUACCUACUGUCCUCACACUUUGAAUGGCCAAAGUCUUAAAACUGCUUCAAAGGCAUGCAAUGUCAUUGACAAAUCAACAUUCAUUUCGGUCCAUGCAUAUUUCAUUCAAUUGUCCAAAUAAUCCUGCCAACAUGGCGCUAAGUGUGAGUGUGUGUGUGGGGGGGAGGCAUAAUGUUUGACAAACAUUUCUUGUUAAGUACUGAAGUACUCUUGUAAACGUAUAAAUGCUUUAUUUGUAUUGAAUUUUCAAUAUGAGAUAUGUCGAUUUGAGUAUUUUAAAAAUUAGCGUUUCUGCUUUUUUUAUUUCCAAAUUAUAAAUAUGCAAUAUAAAGCAUAUCGAUGUGAACAAGUUUAUAUAGAUCAAAAUGAGUGUUUGUUUCUCAACACCAAAUAACAUUUAGGACUCUUUUUUAAGUCACAAAAGAUAGAGUUGUGUAUCAUAUUUCUCGUAAGGAAACUUCAUUAAACGAGUAAGUUAUAAAAAGUCUGAAUUCAUUCAAAAAUGUCUGCGGAAUAAGACAUUCCCACACCAUAUGGCUGUCUGAGUCAAAAUGUUUAUUAAACAAAAAUCACAUAACCUGGAUACAACACUAUUGUAUAUGUAUGGCUUAUGUCGUUAUUAGGAAGAAUAUCAUAUUGUAUGUGCAUUAUAAAUAGAGGUUCCUAAUUUUCCUUCUCGUUUUUUUAUGUUAUCAAGAUUAUACUUUAUAAUUAAUAAUUUGCAGAAAUUUACUAUUGUUGUUUUUUCCUUGAGUUUGUCUAUUAUGUUAGUUGGUGUGCAUGCCUUUAUUUUCAACAGAGUUUUCCAAUCAUUAAAAAUACUACGGAUUAAAGCAUGGUAUUUAAAACAUAAGACCUUAUAGUCUAGAUAAUUGUUUAAGUCAAUAAACGAUAUUUUCUGUAGCCUUACAAAUGUUUAACAUAUUUAAUACUCUUAUCAUACAAUGCUUUAUAAAAUAAUAUGUUUUCAUAUCUUU